UGCGCUCGCGGGCUUCACUGCGAUGUCGCGCACAGGGUGCGCGCUUUGUCAAUAGACUUCAGGGCACCUCGGUCGGCUAGAACUAUUAGAGGGGACAAUGACAAAACUACAACUGUCAGUGUCCAUUCGCGUUGGCCAUCUGUUGAUACGCCAAAGUGGACUUCAAGAGGGAUAACGUAAAGCCUAAUGUUUGUAAACUGUUUCCAAGGAACGAGAACCGUCUCAUUCCGCUUCAUCUCAGACGCAGAGUGCCUUUUUUCGGUACAGUAACACCUACAAACAGCUGGAAGAUGAAGUUUGGAAAGAGCAUUUGUAUCCUCAAUGUGGGUGGUACAAAAUACGCGUUCUCUAAAGACGUGAUAAAGGAUUUCCCUCUGAGUAGAGUGAGUCGCUUGCACAAAUGUGCGUCGGAGAAAGAAGUUUUGGAAGUGUGCGACGACUAUGACCGAGAGAGAAAUGAGUUUUUCUUCGAUAGGCACUCCGAGGCUUUUGGUUUUAUUAUGUUGUACGUGAAGUACGGCAAACUUAGAUUCGUACCACAGAUGUGCGAGUUGUCAUUCUACAAUGAAAUGAUUUACUGGGGACUGGAGAGCUCUCACCUGGAGUUCUGCUGUCAGCGAAGGUUAGAUGAUCGGAUGUCUGACACGUAUACGCAUUUUUCUGAGGAAGACACCAUAAAACACGAGGGAGGGUUAAGGGGAGAUUGUUUGGAGAACCGCGAGGGCGCUGACAGUGAGCAGUCAAAGUGGCUUGAAAGAAUGAGAAGGACUUUUGAAGAGCCAACUUCUUCGGUAGCAGCACAAAUUUUGGCCUCAGUGUCCGUUAUAUUUGUCAUAGUGUCCAUGGUGAUGCUUUGUGCAAGUACCUUACCAGACUGGAAAUCCGCUGAGAGCAGCGUGGAGGAGCAAAGGUACACAGACUCAUUAGAGCAUCCAUCCGGGAUCAUCGAGGCCGUGUGCAUUGGCUGGUUCACCGCAGAGUGCAUUGUCCGUUUCAUGGUGUCACGGGACAAGUGUGAGUUUGUGCGGCGGCCCCUGAACAUCAUCGACCUCCUUGCCAUCACGCCCUACUACAUCUCCGUUACCAUGACGGGCCUGACAGGCGAAAACUCGCAGCUGCAGCGGGCCGGUGUGACGUUACGCGUUCUGCGCAUGAUGCGCAUCUUCUGGGUCAUCAAGCUGGCGCGCCACUUCCUGGGCCUUCAGACGCUGGGCUUGACGCUGCGGCGCUGCUACCGUGAGAUGGUGAUGCUCCUGGUGUUCAUCGCCGUGGCCAUGGCCAUCUUCAGUGCUCUGGCCCAGCUGCUGGAGCACGGCCUGGACCUGGAGUCGGGCAACGAGGACUACGCCAGCAUCCCGGCAGCCUGCUGGUGGGUUAUUAUCUCCAUGACUACCGUGGGAUAUGGAGACAUGUACCCCAUCACUGUGCCCGGGCGCGUGCUGGGUGGCCUGUGCGUGGUAAGCGGCAUUGUGCUGCUGGCACUGCCCAUCACCUUCAUCUACCACAGCUUCGUCCAGUGCUACAAUGAGCUGAAGUUCCGCUCCGCUCGCUGCACCAGGAGCCUCUCUGCAGAGUUCCUCAACUGAAGUUCCAGGGCCAUUGACCAUCUGCCCAAUCAUACGCAACCCCGCUGGAUCCAUCCAUCCCUUGGAACAUCCAUUGGAAAUGUGGCCUCUUUUACUAUCUUAGACUCGUACUCUUGUUAUUCAUGUACACAUAUAAGGUGGAUUUUGUAAGAACAUAUAUGAUGUGGGUUUCACUCCGUACAAUCUCCUUAGUCGCCUUCAACACUGACUCAAGGUACAGGGUUUACAGAAGCUAAUGGCAGCUGGGAUGGCUUCCAGGGCUGCAAUGAUGACAACGAUGCAGAGUGAAGAUAUCCAUAAGAGGGUGUGACUGUGGUGUAACUGUGGGAGGUCAGUUGGUGCGACAUCAGACCUUCUGAGGCCUUCAAAUACUGUGGAUUAUAUCUAACCUGUGCCAGCCUCACCGCGUGGCAUUUCAAUUUAGUUUUCACAUGGUGAUGUGCCACUGAAAAAUAGGCUUUGGGGUCCACUGUCUUUAUAAUCCCACACGUCUGGCAACCUGGUGGUGUGCGAAUGUUAGACUGCUCUGCGGCUUCCUAGGUCUCUGCUCUAUCCUAGCUACCUUGUUUUUUAUUGUUCACAUGGACCGUUGAAGAAAGGACCGCAAAGUACAACGAACCAAAGCAUUUCAGUGCACUAUACACUGUAGUUACCCUUUAAUCUCAUUCUUCGGUUCCGUAUGUUCAAGCUUUGAUGGGUGAGUCCAUCAUUUCUGUCUGAUUUCUCCAGUCCCAAUGCUUUGAAUUUGAAUGAGCCCAUUAACGACUCAAACAUGGUCAAAAUGUCUAAAUAUAUUUCCCAUUCCACCUGCAUAUUAAACGCAGGGUGCCUUUGAAAGGUAAUGUUCCAGGCAGAGUGGGGGUGGGAGAGACUGUGGAUGAGAGGAGGAGAGAGCUGUGUGGGUCUGUCAGCUGUAUAGGCAUGUCUGUAAUGUGGAACACCUCGCCAGAGAGCGAGAGCGUGUCAUAGAGAGGUGGGUGGUUUGGCUAACACCACGCAGCGCUGCUGGAGGCCUUGUCUCUCCGACCACAACCUCCGGAGCGCUACGGGUCUUCUGACUGGGGGAGUGGAACCGCACUGGCUUGUGCUGCAACCUUAUUGAACCCCUCUGUCUGCCUUAGCUGAGACAUGAGGGGCAGACAGGCACAGUACAAAGCACAGCCGUUGCCACGGUACAGGUACUCCUCGCAAUGUUGUUGUCUGAGCCACCCGCUCCUCCUUGGUACACUGUCGACACCACUUUUGGGUGGCCGGUGUGACGCAUUCAGCCUCCUCGCCUCUCUUCUCACUGCCAGUAGGUAUUUGGGCGCCUCUCCUCUCACUGCCAGUAGGUAUUUGGGCGCAUCUGAAACAGCUUCUGUGCCCACUGUAUUUUCCAUGGUGGAAGAAUCACGUCUCCUCACAUUAGUCCGCUCUGGGAUGAAAUCUCUCUUAUCUCCAGCAAGCCACUGUUUCUCUCCCUCAGACAUUCUGCAAACAGUUAUUCAGCUCACAGCCUGCAUCUGUGAGGUUACAUAUGUAUUAAAACUGUCUGUUGACUUCAUAUUCAGAACUAUUUUACUAUUAACUAUUUCGAAGCAAAUUAAUUUACAAUCAGUUUUGAAGUACACUGAAUAUGGUCAGAAGAAAGUCAGUCAUUGCCAAAGGGCAUGAAUAUUUGAAUCCCCUGAUUUUGAAUAUUAUUUCAUUUCUAAGGUAUAUUCUACUUAUGAUUUAUUCCACAAAGAAACUAUUUCCAAGUGGGUCUAUUCCACUAGGCAUUGUGAAAUGAUGGACAUAUAUGAUCUGGUAUGGAUAUUGGUUGCGUUGACACAGCAGGUCCUGUGAUUUUUCCUCAGGAGAAUGGUAUUUUUUUCAUUGGCUCCACAGUCCCAUCUGCUUUGUCUGAUCUCCACAUUCCAAACACUCAAAGCAUUCCAAAUGGGGCUUUACUUCUAUUAAAUAUUAAUGAGAUUGAUUGAGCUCAUUACUUCGUGAGCUACCACUCUGUGUAAUUAGCUCGAGUGAGGAAAAAUACGACAAAAUGUAAAUCAGGUUUUGUACAAAAUGUAUACCUUUGUUACAUAACAUGAUGCAGUGAAAACAGCACCGUUGGAGGAAUUUCGCAUGUCCUGACGAUGGAUUUGGUUAAUUUCCAAUGGAAAUGGAAAACAGAUUAAGAUCUUGUCACCUCAACAUUCCCUCCACUCUUUACCAUUUCACCACACAUUUUUUUUAAGAGCAACAUCAAAUAUUUUAAAUGUAUCCAAAAAUGAGCCUCCAUUGAUGAUUAUGUACAAACUAGAUUAAGUGCACUAUAUACCUGAAGUAAACAAAUUCAGUAUUCAUGUUCACCCCUGAGCACGGGGGGAAACUGUCGCAACACAUAAUGUGUCUUAGCUGUGAAAAGUACUUCCUCUCACCUUCUCUCUCCAAUUUUCACUCACACAUGUAACCCCUUGUUUAGUUCUACACAUCAAUAAUGAGUCAUGAUGUCAUAUGAAACAGGAAUUGGAUGAGAAAUAGCAAACAAGACGGUCUAGUUUCCAGAUCUGAGUCUUCUGUCCCUACAUUUCAUCUGUGCAAGCUCCCUGGUUCCUUAUCCAUUUUAACAUCAGAAAGGUGAUGUGAUAGUUAUAAUAUGCCUUUUCUGCAGUUUGUUGGGCUUGGGUAAGACCUUGGACCUUACACCUCUGGAUGUUUGAGCUGCAUGCAAUAACACCAGUGGUAUAUCUCUCUCUCUCAGCAUAUGUGCAGCUUUCUGCUAACACACAUAUACAAGCACGCGCACACACACAUUAUUAGGGUUUCGGAAGGUAACGCAGUGUUAAGGUCCAGAAUAAGGCUCCAUAUUGUAAGUAAACAGGAGAAAAAAUCCCACCUGUCUAUCAAAACAGCUCAGGUUUAAUAAAAAAUAUGAGAACAAAAGGUCACCAAUAAUGAAAAAUCCACCUACAGGCUCUCACACAGCCAAACUAAACAUUCAAUCACGUUUUUCAAAUAGCCUACAGGAUGUGGUCUAGACUUUAACUGUAGUAUGCCUUGUUCACUAAUUAUAAUGACACAUUAUGAUGUGGCCUAACAUUCUAAUAGUCGUACAUCUGAUGGGUUGACUUGUAUCUCUCUGACUUUAAAGCCGACUGCCAUUCGGUCCCUCCUCCUAAAUUCACACUCAGAUACCCUUUACUGCUGCUUGAAUGUAACAGUGCAACAUUGAUCUUUUUAAGAAAUAACUGUUAUGCAGAAAUGUGUCUGUCCAAAUCGUUUAUAGUUGUUUUUUUUAAGAAACUGGCUAUUUUGUAUAGAUCCCAUGUUUUCUGAUAUAACUGUUAAUAUGGUUGUAAUAAAUAUAAAG